GGCGGGAGGCGCCGCAGCGGGACGGACACGCUGGCUCCGCGCCGAGCGGGCGGCCCCGCCCCUGCCGGGGGGAAGCGCCCCGCCCCCGGGGCGCCCCUGACGUCAUACGCCGGACAGCUGGGGCUGCGCUGCCGUGACGCUGCGUGCCCCCAGGUCGCGGCGCGGCGGUGGCGGUGGCGGACGUGCGCGCAGAGGAGAUGCCGCCGCCGGGGGCGCGGCGGGAGCAGCCCCAGGCGCGCGGUGCGGACAGGCCGCUGGAGGAGGCCGGGCACAGGGAGACGCGGGGGCCUGGGGACGCCGAGGAGGAGCCCCCGCCCCCGCCCCCGCCCCGCCAGGACUCAGAUUCUCCUGACACCAGAGAGACCUGGGAGUUGUCAGCAGAUGGAAGCUCGUCACGCUGGUGCCCCAGACAAGGCCCUCCCCAAGGAGCAGGUGCUGGGACCCUGCAGAGAGCUGAGCAGCAGCCUCUUGAGGACGGGUCUGUUAACCUGGAGCUGCAGAGGACUUCCCUGGGGAGACUGGAGGAGAGGGGCUUCCUGACACCUGAGCCAGGCCAAGUGCAGAGGUGGCAGAGCAAACCUGCAAAGCAGGGGGAAAGCUUGGAACUCCAGGAGGUGUUUCAGGACGUGGCUGUGUACUUCACACGGAAGGAGUGGGAGCUGCUGGAAGAUGAGGACAAGGUGCUUUACCGGGACCAGAUGCUGAGGAAUUUCCAAGCCCUCGUCUCCCUGGGACAUCGAGGUCCCACACCUGACUUAAUCUGCCGCAUCCAGCGAGGACUGGUGGAGCUGUGGGUCUGUGAUGAUGAGGAUGGUGGGGAAAUCUCCAGGUCAGAGGAGCUGCUGCCAGGAGGUGCCUGGCUCCUCGGUGGAGCUGAGGAGGAGAAUCAUGCAGAAAGGCCUGCAAACCUAGAACCACCAUGGGCUUCCCCAGGGAAUUUUGGUGACAUGGACUCCCUGAGACCUGAGAAGGAUCAACGGCCCAAGAGUCAGGGGAGACCCCAGAAGCAGAUGAAGAAUGUAGCGGUGAACCAGCACCGACGCACCCACCUGGGCAGGAAGACACACCGCUGCACUAAGUGCAAGAAGAACUUCAUCUGCUGGCAAGACCUGUCCCAGCACCAGUGUGGGCAGCACUGCUGCACCAAGUGUGGGAAGAGAUUCAAGCAGGUCUCCAACCUGGCCAGGCACUGGUGCAUGCACACAAGGGAGAAGCCACAUCAGUGCUCAGAGUGCGAGAAGAGCUUCACCCGAUCUUCCAACCUGGCCCGGCACCAUCAGAUCCACACACAAAAGAAACCAAAUCAGUGCUCGGUGUGUGGUAAGAACUUCACACACUCCUCCAGGCUGGCCCAGCACCAGCCUAUCCAUACAGGGGAGAAGCCACAUCAGUGCUCGGAGUGUGGGAAGAGCUUCAGUCAGUCCUCCAGCCUGGCUGAGCACCAGCGUAUCCACACAGGGGAGAAGCCACAUCAGUGCUUGGGCUGUGGUAAGAGGUUCGCUCGCUCCUUCACCCUGGUUCAGCACCAGCGUAUCCACACAGGAGAGAAGCCACAUCAGUGCUCGGAGUGUGGGAAGAGCUUCAGUCAGUCCUCCAGCCUGGCUGAGCACCAGCGUAUCCACACAGGGGAGAAGCCACAUCAGUGCUUGGGCUGUGGUAAGAGGUUCGCUCGCUCCUUCACCCUGGUUCAGCACCUGCGUAUCCACACAGGAGAAAAGCCACAUCAGUGCUUAGAGUGUGGUAAGAGCUUUGCUUACUCCUCCAACCUGGCCCAGCACCAGCUUAUCCACACAGAGAAGAAACCACAUCAAUGCUCGGAGUGCGGUAAGAGCUUCACUCUGUCCUCCAGGCUGGCCCGGCACCAGCUCAGUCAUAUGGGGAAACCACAUCAGUGCUCAGAGUGUGGGAAGAGCUUCACUCUCUCCUCCAGGCUGGUCCAGCACCAGCUUAUCCAUAUGGGAGAGAAGCCACAUCAGUGCUCGGAGUGUGGGAAGAGCUUCACUUACUCCUCCCGGCUGGCCCAGCACCAGCUUAUCCAUACAGGGGAGAAGCCACAUCAGUGCUCGGAGUGUGGGAAGAGCUUCACCCGGUCCUCCCACCUGGCCCGGCACCAGCUCAUUCAUACGGGGGAGAAGCCACAUCAGUGCUCAGAGUGUGGGAAGAGCUUCGCUGUCUCCUCUAGCCUGGCUAAGCACCAGCUUAUCCACACAGGAGAGAAGCCACAUCAGUGCUCGGAGUGUGGGAAGAGCUUCACCCAGUCCUCCCACCUGGCCCGGCACCAGCUCAUUCAUAUGGGUGAGAAGCCAUAUCAGUGCUCAGAGUGUUGGAAGACUUUCACUGACCCUUCUAGGCUGGCCCAGCACCAGCUUAUCCACACAGGGGAGAAACCACAUCAGUGCUCAGAGUGUGGGAAGAGCUUCACCCAGUCUUCCAACAUGGCCCGGCACCAGCUCAUCCAUAUGAGGGAGAAGCCACAUCAGUCCUUGGAGUGUAGAAAGAACUUCACUGUCUCCUCCAGUCUAGCUAAGCACCAGGUCAUUCGUAUGGGGGAGAAGCCACAUAAGUGCUCAGAGUGUGGGAAGAGCUUCGCUCACUCCUCCCAGCUGGCCCAGCAUCAGCUUAUUCAUACAGGGGAGAAGCCACAUCAGUGCUCAGAGUGUGGGAAGAGAUUCACUCAGUCUUCCAACAUGGCCCGGCACCAGCUCAUUCAUAUGAGGGAGAAGCCACAUCAGUGCUUGGAGUGUGGGAAGAGCUUCGCUGUCUCCUCCAGCCUAGCUAAGCACCAGCUCAUUCAUACUGGAGAGAAGCCACAUAAGUGCUCAGAGUGUGGGAAGAGCUUCGCUCACUCCUCCCAGCUGGCCCAGCAUCAGCUUAUUCAUACAGGGGAGAAGCCACAUCAGUGCUCAAAGUGUGGGAAGAGAUUCACCCAAUCUUCCAACAUGGCCCGGCACCAGCUCAUUCACAUGAGGGUGAAGCUACAUCAGUGCUUGGAGUGUGGGAAGAGCUUCACUCUCUCUUCCAGCCUGGCGAAGCACCAGCGUAUCCACACAGGGGAGAAGCCACAUCAGUGCUCCGUGUGUGGGAAGAGCUUCACUGUUUCCUCCAGCCUGGCUAAGCACCAGCUCAUUCAUAUGGGGGAGAAGCCACAUCGGUGCUUGGAGUGUGGGAAGAGCUUCACUCUCUCCUCCAGCCUGGCUAAGCACCAACGUAUCCACACAGGGGAGAGGCCACAUCAAUGCCCAGAAUGUGGUAAGAGCUUCACCCAGUCCUCCAGCCUGGUUGAGCACCUGCGUAUCCACACAAGAGAAAAGCCACAUCAGUGCUCAGAGUGUGGGAAGAGCUUUGCUUUCUUCUCCAGCCUGGGUAAGCACCAACGUAUCCACACAGGGGAGAAGCCAUAUCAGUGCUUGGAGUGUGGUAAGAGGUUCACUCAGUCCUCUACCCUGUCUCAGCACCACCAUAUCCACACAGGGGAGAAACCACAUCAGUGCUCGGACUGUGGUAAGAGCUUUGCUCGCUCCUCCAGGCUGGCCCAGCAUCGGCUUAUCCAUACAGGGGAGAAGCCACAUCACUGCUCAGAGUGCAGGAAGAGCUUCACCCGAUCCUCCCACCUGGCCCGGCACCAGCUCAUUCAUAUGGGGAAGAAGCCACAUCAGUGCUCAGAGUGUGGGAAGAGCUUCACUGCCUCCUCCAGCCUGGCUAAGCACCAGCUCAUUCACACAGGAGAGAAGCCACAUUGAUGCUUGGAGUGUGGGCAGAACUUCAACCAGUCCUCCCACCUGUCUGAGCACCAGCUCAUCCACACAGGGGUGAAGCCACAUCAGUGCUCGGAGUGUAGUGAGAGCUUCCCUCGCUCCUCCAAAAUGGCCCAGCACCAGUGCAUCCAUAUCCAGGAGCAUCCAUAAUUCUUCCAGCUAUGCUGGAAUUGCUUGGAGAUGUAUACCUGCUCAGUAGGGCUAUGCAGAAUUUCACUAGCAGUCUCAUUUCAACGGUGUUUCGACUCAUGUCAAUAUGCAAUAGUUCACCCAUCAUUUGACCCUUUUAGGGUCGUGCAGAACCCGAACAACACAGAGGCCUAACCCUAAGUUUUGAUGAGGGGAGGGGUUUAAAAGAAAUGCUUCAUGCAGAGGCCAGCCCAGAUGCUUGGGGAACUUGUGAGUAGAUGGUCUUUAAAUCAGCCCCAAUCCAUCAUUCUCUAAAAGUAGGCAGUGCUCCCAGGGGGAGAAGAAGUGCCUUCACAAUAGGGUUCACCCCCUUAUGCAACUGGCUCUAUAUGACAUCCAGGGCCUGUGCUUCGUAGACUCCCAACUUUGUCCUCCCUUCUGGUCCCCGGGUUCUGGUAUGUGAGGCUCUAGAGUUGCAGGAAGGAGGACAUUUACCGCUGGGCAGGCAUUCCCUGCCUUCCACCCUGACCUUGCCUUUCCUCCCCACCACGUCACCCCCCUGCCAGGCUCACACAUGCUCACUGGGGUCUGCAAUAAGCUGAUACUGCCACGCCAUGAGCUCAAUUUGGCAGGUUUUGUUUCUCAGCCACUUGUCAGAACUCUGCAUCACCAGGUGCCAGCUGCUGCCCCCCACAAUCCCUUCAUCCCAUUCUCUGUAAUGUAUUCCUUGCUAAUCCAGUCCCACAAUUUAACACUGGGCUGGGAAAUGAUUUGGCUGGAGAGCUGUUUACACAGUUUAGGUAAGCUGUCACAUGGGUAGCCCCGUCCCUUGACAAGUGUUCCACCCCUUAGUUGCCAUAUUGGGACUGGAAGUCCAGCCCCCUAAACUCUGAGCUUUUCCACCAGAAGUCCCUUCCCUUGCCUCAAGAAGCACUUCUUUCAGCAAGGGGGUUUGCCAUCUUGGAACCAGAAAAAUAUCAAAUUAUAUUUUAAAAAUUGAACAUCUACAACAUUCACUAAUUUGUUUUUGUCCUGAUUUACAUGUGUUUGUGUAGUAUACACAGAGAUGAUUUCACAGUAGCUUAAAAUGAAGUCUUACUUUUCUGUAUUGUUGGGGGGGUGGGUAUUGGUUUGUGG